AUGUACUCGGACUCCGCAGACAAACAUGAAAAUGACCAAGAAGCCGUCUAUCAAGAAUUUAAAGAACAGCUAGAGAGAGAUGAAGCUGGAUGGUAUCAAACAAGCUUACAAUGGAAAAGGAACCAUCCAAGUUUACCAACAAAUGAGACAGGGGGCAAGAAACAGUUGGAACAUCUAGUACGGAAGCUAAAGAAGAACGAGCUAUAUGAAGAUUACAAUAACAUCAUCCAAGAGCAGCUGCAAAAGGAUAUUGUUGAGCCUGCGCCCGAAAUAGCGAGUGGAAACGAAUUUUACAUCCCGCACAAGGCUGUAGUGAAAAAGGAGGCAGAAAGUACUAAGCUUCGUGUUGUGUACGACGCUUCAGCGAGAGAAAAUGAAAGUGCCUUUUCCCUGAAUGAUUGUCUGCACCCGGGACCAGCCCUUCAAAAUCAACUUUGGGACAUUCUAGUUAAGUCAAGAUUCCACCCAGUUCUUCUUACUGGUGAUCUUGUGAAGGCAUUCUUACAGAUACAAAUUAAACCGGAAGAGAGGGACUCUUUAUGCUUUCAUUGGAGAGAACCGAACAGUGAUGUUAUCAGGAUCUAUCGGUUUACAAGAGCUCUAUUCGGGCUUACGUCGUCCCCAUUUCUUCUAGGCAGAGUCCUUGACCAACACCUUAAUUCCUGGAAAGCGCGAUAUCCCAAGCUUGUGGAAGAACUGCAAGAUGGACUUUACAUUGAUGAUCUAAUAGCUGGUGGAGUCACAGUUGAAGAAGUUGUGGAGAAGAAGACCAAGUCAACGGAAGUGUUCGAGGAUGCAACGUUUUCAAUUCACAAAUGGCACUCCAAUGCAAAGGAGCUAGAAGCAUCUGAGCAAGUACCAUCUGAAUCUGAAGAAAUGACCUAUGCAAAACAGCAGCUUGGCAGUGGAGGGAAGCUAUUGGGACUGCCGUGGGACAGAGAAAGAGACACUUUCAGCAUUGAAUUUAGAGUAGCAGAAGAUUGUAGAACAAAGAGAGAUGUGCUUUCCCAGAUUGCAAAGCUGUAUGACCUGUUGGGCCUUGUAUCCCCGACUAUGCUGGUUUUAAGCUGCUCUUCCGUGACAUUUGUGAUGCCAAAGUAA